CAAAAAGCAAGGGUGCGGUGAAACAAAAGGCAAACGGACUUGCAGUUUAUUCUCUUAUUUUUUAUCACGCGAGAUAGCUCAGAUCAAACAAAUCAAAUAAAUGGAAAAUCAGUACAGAUGAGAUUAGGUGAGAUCAGACAGAUGCGAUGAGGAUGAAAUGAACGCGAGCUGAUAACAUUUCGUGGAAAAAAAUCCCUCGUGCAUCUGUGAUAGCUAUAAAAGUCCGUAUCGAAUCAUUAUUUAAGAAAUAAGACUCAUCCAGACAUGACGGGAAGCACCGCUGUGUAAAAAAAAGAAACAGACAGACAAAAGAAAGUCGAGGCAAGGGUCCCCUCCUCCGUGCGCUCCCUCCUUGUAGGUGUGACAGAAACAACAAAGGGACGUGGAAAAAACUCGCAUCAGGACCACAGGCGGACAACAGCCCAGACAGAUCCCAAGCACAAUAGCAGGGGCCUGCAAACAAGAGCAUGUCUGCAGGUUUUGCAAUAUGCAGCAGUAUUCAUGUAAUUACAUCCCUCCUGGCGUCUCUCGGCUACAGUCGGGAGUAUUUUGCCUCUGUCAGUUUUGGCAGAUCCUCACUAAACACGCGCAUUUAGAAACGAAGCCGAUAAUUUGAGGACGCUCAAGUCCGGGCUGAGACGGCGCAAGUGUUAAAACAUUUUUUAAUGGGGAGAAGCGAGAGACGAGCGCAGCCCGGGAGCAACUGAAGGGGAAAAGAGCAGCGGAGAGGUGUGAACUGAAAGUGGACGUCAAAGGGGAAAGAGACCUGAACAGAUUCCAGAGGCGGAUGUCUUUUUAAAGGGCCCUCUCCAUGGAUAUAGACACAGACUAUGAGCGGCCCAAUGUGGAAACCAUUAAAUGUGUGGUGGUAGGGGAUAAUGCAGUAGGUAAGACCAGGCUAAUCUGUGCCCGGGCCUGCAAUGCCACCCUCACACAGUAUCAGCUGCUUGCCACCCACGUGCCAACCGUUUGGGCCAUCGACCAGUACCGUGUAUGCCAGGAGGUGCUAGAGAGAUCUCGUGAUGUAGUGGAUGAGGUCAGUGUGUCCCUGAGGCUAUGGGACACAUUCGGGGAUCAUCACAAAGACAGACGAUUUGCCUAUGGCAGGUCUGACGUAGUGGUGCUUUGCUUCUCUCUGGCUAACCCCAAUUCCCUGCGCCACGUCCGCACCAUGUGGUUCCCGGAAAUCAAGCACUUCUGUCCCCGCACACCAAUCAUCCUGGUUGGCUGCCAGCUGGAUCUGCGCUAUGCUGACCUGGAUGCAGUUAAUCGUGCACGACGACCCCUAGCCAAACCCAUCAAACCAACAGAUAUCCUUCCCCCAGAGAGAGGCCACGAGGUGGCAAAGGAACUUGGGAUUCCCUACUAUGAGACCAGCAUUGUUGCCCAAUUUGGAGUUAAAGAUGUUUUUGACAAUGCCAUCCGAGCCGCCCUCAUCUCCCGCCGUCACCUGCAGUUCUGGAAAUCCCAUUUGAAAAAGGUCCAGAGGCCCCUUCUCCAGGCUCCCUUCCUGCCUCCACGCCCACCACGCCCCAUAGUGGGCAUCCCAGACCCCCCUCCUACAGACGGCGAGGGCCCUGAUUCCCUUUUCUGUCAGCCACUGUGUGCAGAUGUUCUUUUCCUCCUGCAGGGUGGUGGCACCCGCGUCUUUGCACACAAGGUCUAUCUGGCAACUUCCUGCUCCAAGUUCUAUGACCUCUUCACCCUUGAUCUAGGUGGAUCAUGUAUGGGGCCACGGGGGGAGGAACAGGAGAGCAAGGAAAACUUGGAGAGUGGGGAGGAAGAUGAGCAGAGCAGGAGAGGAGCCAAGGAGCAAGCUGGGCGUACUAAGAGCCUGGACAUUGACAAAGACGGAGUUGAUAUGGGGGUGCGGGGCCUGAAUCGACCCCAGACACUCCAGCAGGGCUCUUUGAGGACUUCCCAGAGUGAUAAUGCACUCCCCUUUCGUGCCCAGUACUCUCUGGGAGCUCUAGGGACUGGCCGUGCACUUUCAGGAUGGGGAAGAGGGUUCCUGAGUGUUUGUCUGGAGCAUGUUGAUGAUCCCGUGACUGGACGACCACGACUAAUGACUGUGGUAGCCAUGGAUGCGCUUAUACAGGAAGAACCAUUCAAGGCAGUGCUUCAGUACCUGUACACGGGCAGUCUGGAUGAGGGCCGAGGGGAUCUGAUGCAGGUGGCCACCAUAGCAGAGCUACUUGAAGUGUUUGACCUGCGGAUGAUGGUGGCCAAUGUUCUGAACAGAGAGAGCUUCAUGAACCAGGAGAUAACUAAGGCUUUUCACGUUCGCAGAGCCAACCGCAUCAAGGAGUGUCUCAAUAAAGGGACCUUUGCUGAUGUGGUGUUCCGACUGGACGAUGGCUGCCUCCCGGCCCACAAGCCCCUGCUCAUCUCCAGCUGUGACUGGAUGGCUGCCAUGUUCCGUGGCUCUUUCAUGGAAAGCUACAUUGAGGAGGUAUCCAUUCCUAACACCAGUACAGCCUGUAUGCACGGGGUGCUGGAGUUCCUGUACUGCGGUCUGCUGACACCCUGUCCUGGUCUGGAGCCCAUAGAACUAAUUGUUCUGGCCAACCGUCUCUGUUUGCCACGCCUUGUUGCCCUCACAGAACAGCAUGCUGUGGACGAGCUUCUGCAGUUGGCAGUGAAAGGAGUUGACAUUGACGGACAGGUGUUGGCAUACCUGGAGCUGGCACAGUUCCACAAUGCCAAGCAACUAUCAGCCUGGUGUCUCCAUCACAUCUGCACUAAUUAUAAUAGCAUCUGCCGCAAGUUUCCCAAAGACAUGAAGGCCAUGUCUCCAGAAAACCAGAGGCACUUUGAGAAGCAGCGUUGGCCUCCUGUGUGGUUCCUGAAGGAGGAGGACCGCUACCUGCGCUCUCAGAAGGAGCGCGAGCGUGAGGAGGAGAUCUUACGCAAGCAACACAACAAACGGGGCUGGUGUUUCUGGAGACACCCAUCUUCCUCUCCACAUGUCUCCUAAGCAUUUCCUCCACUUCCUCUACACUUCAUCUUGACCUGGGUCAUCCUGCCCAGGAUAACUAACACCCCUGUAACGCAUAUAGAGGAGGCUUCGAACCCUCUAUCAGUGCUACCAUGCCUGAAUGUCAGCUUGUUUAGGGGGAAUGUAUGUGCCUCUUUAUAAUUGUGGGUGACUUUAUGAGUGCAUUUUGGUAUGCCUGUGUGACAAGUGUGGACUUGUGGAUGUGUGAGUGUAUGCGUAUGGUUAUUAUGAUUGAAGCUUCCAAGUUGAGUGCUUCCCAGACGCCCUGAUCUAUAAGGGCCUGUGGCAUUGCAGUGCAGCCUCCCGUCCCCUCCACAAGAGCUCUGACCCUCCGCCAGCACUCUCAGUGUCCCAGUCUUUGGACUGGGAACAAGAGCUCUCUAUCUCUCUCAGUCUCCAUCUUUCACAUUGACCUUAAUGACUAUAACACAUUGACCACUGCAGCUCCUCUUGGGGAGAUUACCUCUGCCUUCACUUCUACACAGACUGUUAGCUUGCACACACAGACCCAUGCCCCAAGAUCCACCCCUCUAAAACCAGCACUGGAUUCCCAGGAACUGACACUGACAAUGUAACUAUUAUUAUUUUGAUAUUAUUUGUCCAUUUUAUAUAUUUUUUUGCACCUUCUAGGACACUCUUAUCAGGGGAAAUGGCGCACACUACUCCCAGGAAGUGUUGGGGACCUUGAUGAUUGCCAUUGCAACCGCAAAAAUGGGACUGUUAAGCUAGAGCCCGAGUUUGGGUGCAAGGACAACCUUAGAUCUGUUAGUGAGUUAGGAUGCUCCAAUAAGGAGGCUCAAUCAUAGCUAUUAAUCUCCAGUCUGUUUUGAUGUGUGUCCAUCAUCCAUCCCUGCACCUGCCAUUCCCUCCUCCUGAACACCACACGCGCAAAAAAGCAAAACACAAGCUCUCCUUGAUGAGUUGGAUUCACCAAACUGCACUUCAGAGACAUUCAAAGUGACCACUCUAUAGCAAUGAUGGGGGUAGAGAGGGCUAGCCUUACUUGAUACCUCUUCCAUGGAAGAAAGACGGAUACAGUAUUAAACAGAAAAAGCUUGUAACGUCCAUGACCACAAGGUUGCAUUGAAGCGCCUCAGCCAGCCUGCCUUUACACCCCUACAUCACUAGGGGCAGCACUGCUCAGGGCCCCAGCACUAACCUCCACACUAACAGGAGUUUUUUUUUUUAUGUGUGUGAUUUAUUCUCUCUAGUUUUUCAAUUAUUAAGAUCAUCAGUAUACUUAAAUCCAUGCAGAGUGUUAAGAGAAAGCAAAAGCACAUGCACAGUGUUAUUAUGUGCAGUUAUAGACUAUUGAUAUUCACCUGACUCUGAAUACCAAAGCUGUGAUUCUUUUUGAUCUCUUUCUUCCUCAAUUUAUUCAGUUCUGCUUCCCUCUUCCUUAUUGGAAAGAGGGGAUGGAGGAGAGAAGAGAAAGGGGCUUGUAGGAAAAGGAUGCAGUACAAGAUGAUGUUUGAAUCCCUCCUCGAGGUGGCGUUUUUCAGUCUGUGGUGUCAGGAGAAAAGUGUCACUGCUGGACAUUGCCUUCCAUUCCUCUUGCUGGAAUUGAAAAUGGUGCUUAAGACACAAUAAGACAGUGUCCACAUGAACACACAGACACGCACGCAAUUCUCUGUUCACAGUAUAAGUGUCUGUCAAGUUGUUAAGUGUUUACUUGUGAUGAAAGUGCGGAAAGUUUCAAAGAAAGUAUUUCAAUUUGACACAUUUUUAAUUUUUCUGCUCCAUAUGCUAACAGUCUGCAGGAGGUCAUAAUAGGUAAUUGAUUUUAGAAUGUGUAGAUUUCUGAUUUUACACACAGUGGUCACAACCUUGUAAUGUCUUUUGUUGCUUUUGUACUCAAAAACAGUAUGAUCUGUUUAGCUUCCUUGUUAACCAGGAAAAUAAUAUUACUUUAGAUUGAAUUUGCAAUCAUGAGUGUUGUCUCAAACGAUGAAUGGUUUGAUAUAUAACCACAUAUAAGAGCAAAUCGGAUUUUCUCGUUAAGGGUGCUAAUUUCUUUGGGCUUUAGGACUGAAUGUGAAAAUGAGACUUUGUGGUGAUGAGUUUCUAUUAGCACGUUGUUCUAUUUGUGGGUCUGUGCCCCUUAGCUUUACCCAGGCAACUGUAGGAGAUAGAUAGAUUGUGUGAGACAUGUGGUGCAUUCUGCCGUUCUCCAUGGGAGGUGUGUUAAAGUCAUUUUCAGCUACUGAAAUAGAAGUCAGAUAGGAUCUCACGAGACCCAAGUGAGAAUUGAGCUGAUUCCUCUCUGAUAAGAGUGAAAGCAGAGUAAAAGUCUUAGUCAGCAUUGCAUGCAACCUACAUAUAUUGGAAUUACUCCGUGGGUAUUUAAACUCAUCCCAGUGUAGGGCUUUCGGAAUUUGGAAAUGUGACCUAAAGAGGAGAAAGUUGAGGGAAAUGGAAUUGAAAUGGAUUUCCAUGGCCUCUUCUUAGUUCACCAUAGAAGGGAUGGCUACUAGAUUUGUCUUAUUAAUGGUUGGUAUGACCUAUUAAGCCUCUUCUCUUGGUCCAUGUGCCUUAUAGUUGGACAGAUUUUGUCAAAACUGAAAUUUUGUUUGGGAUUUUCACAAAGGCUUAGUUCAAACCUGCAGACAGGAUCUGCAGUGGUUGACAUGAUUGAUAUAGUAGAUAAUGAUAUAACUGUAAAAUGGAUUAUGGUUUUGCUUUAUGCACUCUCAGCUAUUAUCCUUCUUGAGGGGACUUUUGAGCCAACCUGAGCCAUCCUUGUGGAGAAUCUUUUGGCCUAAUACUUGUUUUUAUGCAGACAAAUGGCCUUGAAUUAAAUUCUAGAGUGUAGUCGUUAGGUUGGUAUAAUUAUAUGGCCUUAGAUUUGUGGUUUUUCUAGAUUAUUUGGAUGUAGGAUCAUAGUUGGAGUUCUCCACUGACCAGGUGAUUGAGAGUUAGUGAUAACAAUGACUGACAGGUUGAUUCCUGUUGUGUACCUUCAAAACCACUGACUUUGAGAAAGCAAAGCUUUUUAAUGAACACUGGCUGGCCUGUGUGCUGGAAGAGUGUGACCACUUUUGGAAUGUGGUUAAUUUGCAUGGUGGCCUAACUUUGUCACUAUAACGACACUUUGUGUAGGAAAGCACUUUCUUCUUUUUUUGUCUAUUACUAUACAUUUUUGUGCUUAGUGUGAAUUGUUCCUCAUGUGAGAUUGUUUAUAAAACUGAUGAUUGUAGCACAAUAUUUCCACUUCUUUCAAAUUUUCCCACAACUUGCUCAGUGCAGAGCUGAAUAACAUGACUUGUCCAGCUUCUUAUUUAAGGUCUAGCUUGAACUGAUCCCUACAGUAGCUCUCUCUCUCUCUUUUUUAAACUAUGUGGCAUUAUACAUAGAUCAGUUUAACUAAAUUAGCUCAACACAGCUUAAGGUAGCAUCACUAAAUAUACAACUUUGAAUAAUAUUCUGGGAAAUCUACAUACAUAUGUUUGAAAAACUAAUUCUGUUGCUGCUGUACAGUGUUACAGCUGUUCUUUUUAUGCUGUUACUGUAGAUUAAUACAAUCAGUCAAAGCUAUUCUUGAAGAUACAAGGCAUGAAACUGAAAAGCAUAAAAAGCAAGUAUUUAGGGGAAUUUGAGUAUUAUAAUGCACAUAUUUGAAGAAUGUCCUAAAUGGCUGAAAGUCAAAUAUAACAAUUUGAUUGAGCCUGCAUGCAAUGACAUAGGAACUUAGAAAAGCAUGAUGCAUGUUUCUGGGGUUAGGCGUAGAGUUUCUUAACCUAAGGGUCAGGCCCCUGUCUGGGGCCACUUCAUAUGAAACUUCUAAAACUGAUAUAAUAAAACAAAUCUGUUAUUGUUGGGUUGAAAUAUAUGUUAUAAUCAUUUUGGAUAUUUGCAUACCUCCAUGCUAUUGAAAAUAGAGUACAAAAUGUCUACUCAGUAAAUUCACAUGACAGUUGAGUACUCUUUUAUUGUUUGUGGAGAUUUGUGGGAACCUUAUAAGAAUAAGGUCAUGUUCCACAAAAAGUUGAGAAACCCUGAUUUACAGAGAGGGAGAGAUCCAGAUGUAAAAUUUAAAACCUUGUAAGCUUUAGUCAGCCCUCACUUUUUGCCCCACACUGACCCCUACAGGCCAAAAUUAUACCUUGUCACACCUUAAUGGAGGGUUGUGUGGUUGGUAUUCAUUUGGUUUGUCUUGUUCUAUCUUAUCACAUCCUUUUUACUGUCACAUCCUGUCCUCUCCACUUAUUUUACGUGGACUUUUUCUUCCUUUUUUAGCAGGACUGACCUUCCCUUUUUUAAUGUGAGGCCUAGUGACUGAGAGAACACCUUGUUGUUUGUCUUUGGUGUCUCCUCUCCUGUGCCUUCAGUGAUAUCUCACUCUUUUUAGCUCUGCACAGGCUGACGGCACUGUACCUGCAGCCUUGUGAGCUCAAGUUUAAGUUGAUUAAGCCAAGAAAUACACACAUGUGAGCACAGAAAUAACAGUAGGCAGCUUUCUUUAAUGUACAGUAUCUUAGUGCUUGUGUGGAUUGGCUCUUGUUUCUUUAAUAUGUGUGAGGCACAAAGCAGUUACUGUUUAUUGGGGGCAUAGUGAUAACUUGCAGUGAUGGCAUAAGAUACGGAGCUUUACACGCUCAUUAGCUAAAGCUACAUAACAGAUAACUUAAAUUAUGAAAUGACCAAGAAACCCAGUAUACCAGCAGUUUUAAACUAAUGUUUUCGCACUCUUUCAGGUGCCUGCACUUUCUAUUAUGUAGCCUAACACAACUUUUGUGAUGUUAAGUCUUUAUAUUUAACAGUUUUCCUGAUCAGAAUGAAAAUAUCUUAUUACAAGUUUCACUUUGUUGUGAUUAUUUUCUCUCUAAGCCAAAUUGAAUAUUGCUUCCACUAUUUAGCUGCAAUUUUAAUAUAUUGCAACCAGGCAUAAAGUCAGUGUAUUUUAAGUUGGGGAACAGCAUCUGUGAACUACUGUUUGGAUUAAAAGCAGAUAUUAGCUGUGACAACUAUAUAUAUAUAAUGCUUUAAUUAAAAUAGUUGUUAUCCAAAGUAAAGUACAGUGUUGUAAAUUUGAAAUUAGUAGUCCCAGUUGGAACGAACCCCUCACCUUAUAACUGCUCACCACACUGUAUGUAUUUACCAAGCUGUUGUAUACAUAUAAUUGUAUGCACAGAGAUGCCCAGGACAGGGAGAGUGUUAGAUAGACAGACAUGGUGUGAUUAACCUCUGGUCUAUACCGUAAUUUUUAAGUGGAUCGUAUAUAUUGUAUAGUAUUGUUAUGCACCUUUGUUUCAAUUGACUCAUAUGAGUUUUAUUAACAUUUACUGCUCGUGUUAUUGUGUUUUAAUACAAUAAAAGGCAAAAGAAAGAGCACACCACACACAACUAUUAAGGGCUUUCAAAAAAUAUACAACAAUCAGAAUGUUUUGCUGCUGUUGCAAAAAUGUUUUGAAACAAAAAAUUUGUAAUAUUUUUGAACCACUGUGAUUUGUACAAAACUUCAAAAAGAAAAGUAGAAAAAAGAUGUUUUUUUUGCCAUUUCAGUAUUUUGAUGUUUGACAUGGAUUUUAUUAAAACUGUUAAUCUUUUGAA